AUGACAGCUGCCAUGGAGAACACCCAUUCCAAGCCCGCCACCCCAGAGCCCAGUCCAGCACCCAGUCCUGCACGAAGUCCUGCGCCCAGUCCAGCGCCCAGUCCAGCGCCCAGCCCGCUGCUGGACAGGAUUCCUUUGCCAGCCGGAAACCAUGUGGAGCACUUGAACGUGAACCAGAUCCAGGUGGUGGUGCGGCGCUGUUCCAGUCCAAAUGUCACAGAGGAAACAACCUAUUUUAUCCCUCGGAACCCUGUGGUAGACGCUGGCACCAACACAGAACCGCCACUUGUUUGCUGCCCCUUGCUUCAUAGAUUUUGCCCCUGUCCUCCGAGAGGCCUUGUGGCCUCUGUCAUUACAAAAGUCCUUUUGGCUGCGGUGCUCUUUGGAGUGGUGUGGUCUGUCACAGAGGAUGAAUGCCUUCCAGGGGGUAACCUGUUCGGCAUUACGGUGCUUUUCAUCUGUGCAGUCAUUGGUGGCAAACUAGUGGAUCUCAUUCGCUUGCCCAGACUUCCACCAUUCCCUCCACUUCUUGGUAUGCUGCUGAUGGGCUUCAUGCUGAGAAAUAUCCCAGUAAUAACUGACGGAGUGUAUAUUAACUUCAGGUGGUCGGCCUCCCUCAGGAACAUCGCCCUGGCAGUCAUCCUGGCCAGAGCCGGUCUGGGUUUGGAUCCCUCGGCUUUAAAGAAGCUAAAGUCUGUGUGUCUGCGUGUGGCAAUUGGGCCCUGCAUCAUAGAGGCCUGCACCAUAGCCCUGGUCUCCCACUUCCUUAUGGGUUUACCCUGGGUGUGGGGCUUCAUCCUCGGCUUCGUGCUCGGCGCUGUGUCUCCAGCAGUGGUGGUCCCCUCCAUGCUGUUGCUGCAAAAGGACGGCUACGGCGUGGAGCAGGGCAUUCCCACUCUGCUAAUGGCAGCAGGCAGCUUUGAUGAUAUUUUAGCCAUCACUGGGUUCACCACAUGUUUGGGCAUGGCAUUUGCUACAGGGUCCACUUGGUACAACAUCUUGAGAGGUGUGCUGGAGGUGGCCAGUGGUCUCCUUGCUGGGAUCCUCCUCGGUUUCCUCAUUCAGUACUUUCCCAGCCUCGACCAGAAACACUUAGUGAUGAAGCGAUCCUUCCUGGUGCUCGGCUUGUCCGUCUUUGCUGUGUUUGGCAGCGGUGUAGCUGGCUUUCCUGGCUCUGGAGGCCUCUGCACUCUUGUAUUAGCAUUCCUAGCUGGUCUGGGAUGGGGUGCAGAAAAGUCACGUGUGGAGGAAGUGGUGGGCUGGGCGUGGGAUGUGUUUCAACCGCUUCUCUUUGGCCUCAUUGGAGCAGAGAUACGAGUGUCGGAGUUGGAAGGACAUGUAGUUGGUCUGGGUAUAGCCUCUCUGCUUAUUGCCCUGCUGGUUCGACUCCUUUUCACCUACGUUUGCGUGUUGUUUGCUGGCUUUAACGUACGAGAAAAGAUUUUCAUUGCCCUGGCGUGGAUGCCUAAAGCCACAGUGCAGGCAGCCAUUGGCUCGACAGCUCUGGACACGGCCAGGACAAAGGAGGACCAGCAGCUGCAGAAGUACGGCAUGGACGUGCUGACUGUGGCCGUGCUUUCCAUCCUCCUCACAGCACCAGUAGGAGCCCUUAUCAUAGGUCUGUGUGGACCUUGUCUGCUGCAAAAACCAAAGAACUCAGCCUGUGGUGAGCGAGUCAAACCGAAUUUAUCAGCUUUUUUCUUAGGCACUGCGGCUGGUGGUGAUGAGGACAACGAAACACCGGUCACCUAUGAAAGCACACUCUGACAUCAGCAGUCUGUAUGCAUUUUGCAUUGGGGCAUCUGUUUUUGCCACUGAUUUCAUCAAAACAACAAUCUAUUUCUGGAUCUACUCUUUGGAUCCCAAGUAUAGGGAACAGAUAGUGUUCAUUUUUGUAUCUACUUGUGCUUAGAAAGACUCUAAGGCAGAGGCGUCCAAAGUCUGGCCUGGGGUCCAUUUGCGGCCCCUAGCAUAUAAUAAAAAAUGAACCCAACACUACAAGAUAUGACACUAAUACAAAUACAACUGAUUAUUUUUUGUAUAAUCUGCUGAUUAUAUGCAGAAUGCUGAUGCCAGCAACUCAUACACUGUACAGAUGAAGACGUAAAUAUCAUGUUCUCAGUAGUAUUUCAAUUCAGGGGUGAGGGAACGGGAAAAGAAUUGAGACCCACUGGAUUAAGGUGUAAUAUUAAAGUAGCCCCUGCAUCCUUCAAUUAUGUAUGUGGAAAAACUUUGGACUCCUCUGCUGUCAGGAGACCUGUUGGAUACUCUGUAUGCAAGUUAGCCUUUAGCCACCGAGUGGCCUGCUUUGUCCUGUCCAUGCUGUUUGCUCUUCUGCAGGAGGAGCAUGUAUGUGAUGUGUGAAUGAGUGUGUAUUUAUAGCCACUGGGUGACUUCCAGGCCUCCAACAACCAAAUGACCCCCAUCAGAUGCGUGUGAAUGGCACACACAACGGACCAGAGGUAGUUUCAAGUUCCACAUUUGUUCGUUGUAGUGUCAUGGCUGUGGUUUACAUUUUUAUUUAAAAAAAACAAAAACGGUUACUGUCAUAUUUAAAUAAGGGAAACAGAUGAAUUUAGAUUUUAAUGGUUAGACUUAUUUGGGAGCAUAUGUUUGGCAUAGUACUAUUUUUUUUAAUCAAAAUGUACAUACAAUAACUCAGGAAAAAGUAUAUAAGCCACUUUUUUUUUUUUUUUUUUUUUUAGAAAUUGCUGCUCAACUCCUCACACUGUUGUAUUUAAUAGCUCAGUCAUUCUUAUUAGUAAUUUUUUUCAUUUGUAUUAUAAUAUUUAUUACAUAAGUAUGCAGUGUAACUUAAGAUGAUGUAAUGUGUUUAACUGAUCUGCUGUAAACUCUGUGCGCAGUAUUAGAGUGUAGUGACAAUUAGUUUUUUACCAAAGAUUCUUGAAAUAAU